AUUCUCAUUUUCUCUUCACUUCCUGGAAUCAAGACCUGAUGGAAAACCAUGAUCCACCACCCCAAAACAACCCUUUUCUGUUCAACCCUUCGGAACAACCUCUAGAGCAAGGGCUAUGUGACUUUGACUCGUGGGGUAACCUUUUCUCUGCCCAGAACAGCUUGUUGUUGCUUAAUGGUGAUGCCAAGGAAACUAUUCAACGUGCUUCUGCUUCCUCUUCAUCUUUAAUGGCUCAAAAUCAGGAGGAAAAGGGAAACAAGGAGAAAAGGAAAGGUGGGAGGGUGAAGAAAACAACACGAGUGCCGAGGUUUGCUUUUCAAACGAGAAGUGCAGAUGAUGUUUUGGAUGAUGGUUAUCGCUGGAGGAAAUAUGGACAGAAAUCUGUGAAGAACAGCACAUAUCCCAGAAGUUACUACCGGUGCACGCACCACACAUGCAAUGUGAAGAAACAAGUGCAGAGGCUGUCGAAAGACACGAGCAUUGUGGUGACAACGUACGAGGGAAUUCACAACCAUCCAUGCGAGAAGCUGAUGGAAACUCUAACCCCUCUGCUGAAGCAAAUACAGUUUCUUGCUAGCUUGUAACGUGAAAAAGUUUCUCUACAGCUACAUGCAAACACGCGUACAUAUCAAGCACUAUGAUUAAGUUAACUUAUUUAUGUGCUCUCUGUCAGUUCAUAAGUUACUGGUUUGAUUCUUAUUUUUGUGUCUAUGUCUGUGUAAUCAAACUUCUGUCAAUUUUACAGUGUAUUUGUAUAUCAUGAUUUACUUUUCAACUUUAGUUUUUUCUA